GUGAGCCUUUGGAUCGGCGAGCAAUUUGCCGCAGACCUGAGGACUUGUUUCCACAAGCUGGUGGUCAAAUCGGCUUCCGCGAACAAGAUCCUGGGCCUGUUCGGGCAGCAGUUUCCGAUGCCGCAAACGGGCCACGAAAUCGGCGAGGGUUGGGACUUGAAGGAUUCCAUCGUCUUGAUCGUGAGCCACAGCGGUGGCACGUUUGCCCCACUUGCUAUCUCGAACCUGAUGCAGUCCAUGACCUCCCACAUCUUUGCGGUCACCUCGGAGUGGGACACGCAGAUCGGGAAGCAGCUGCGCCAGCUCAAUGACCUCCGCGGGCGUGUUUUCAGCACGGAGAUUGGUCUGCGACCAGCCGAGCCUUGCUCCCUAUCUGUGGCUGCAACUCACCAGAUGCUGACGCAGAUCUUGAUCUACAUGGCCAGCAAGAUCGUGGCGAACCGGGAACUGAGCAUCGCAGCAGGAAGCAAGAUCAAGCGCAUUGACCUUGCCGAGCUGGAGAGGAACAACCGCCUGAACGUUCAAGCGCUGCGAGCGAUUGCAGGAAGCGCAGAACAUCACAACAUCGCAAACGAGCUACGUGUUCUUGGGAGACAUUGGGCACAACAUGUUCUGGAGAUUCCACGAGCCUGGAUGCUGUCUGCCUUGUACAUCUUCAUCACUGUCGUGUAUGGCAGUGCCCCGAUGACUUCCGCAACGAAAGCUGGCAUGCAGGGGCGGUUCUUUGAAGAGGAGCUUAUCUAUUUGGCGAAGCUUCUCGAUGCGGCGGUCUACGUCUUCCUGCCUCAACUUAUGAUCCUUCUCAUCCGCCUCAUGCAGCAGCGGCCUUUGCUGCAUCGCAUGACGACACGCACGGUGGUCAUCGGUGACGUUCCGUGGGUUGCUCAAGCGGCGGAAUCUUUCCUCUCCAAGCUCAUGGCUUGCACCUACAGCGCCACCGGCCUCACUGUUUUCUCAGCCAAUCCUGCAGAUCACCUGGUGCACCGCAUGACACAUCGGGUGGUCCGGGGGACUCUGCUUGCUGUCGGGCGUCCUGAUGGGCGGCUCACCGCUCUCAGCACAGCGGAGCAGUCCGUUUGCAUGGCCGUCAGCCAGGCGAGCUCAAUCCAGUCCCUGGGAGCCACUUGCGAGAGCGUCACCAUUGGCCACAAUCCGCAUUCUUUGCCUCUCACUGCUCGCGCAGUAUUCCUGGAGGAUGCCCGCCCGCGCUACCUUUGCGAGCACCUACUCUCCCACCACCAAACAAAGUUGCAAGGUGGCUCUGCCGUCUCCAUCCUCGGAGCCUUCCAAAACUUGGCAGCGGAGGAUGCACAG